UAAAAUCAUGUCUCCAUCUCCACCGUUUUUUCCCGACGAUCUCAUUGUCGAAGUGUUAUCCCUUCUUAACGUGAAAUCUGUUCUUCGAUUCAGAUGUGUUAACAAGCAUUGGGAUACUCUCAUUUCCGAUCCAACUUUUGUGAAUUUGCAUCUCAAGAAAUCAGCUAAAGAAAAUACCCACUUCUUAAUCAUCACCGAACACGUCACUCAUAUCCAAGGUGAGUCACUCGAUAGUAGCGAUGAUACAUAUGUGCGUGAUUAUGGUGUCAUUCCCUACUCCAUAUGCAGUUUACUCGAUAAUCCAUCUUUCACCCUUUCCAUCGACUCUUAUUACUUGGUGCAACACAAAGGAUGCUCCAAUAUUGUUGGUUCCUGCAAUGGAUUGAUCUGUUUGGUUGGUAGAUCCAUCACGCGUGGCUACUAUGAGUACUCUUUUCGAUUAUGGAACCCAGCCACCAGGACCACAUCUCCAAAAUUAGGGUUCUUACGCUUAUAUUACAGUAGUUCCGUCUUUCCUUCCUCUUAUGAUGGCGAUUACAGUUUCACCUUUGGUUAUGAUAAUUCUACAUGCACUUAUAAGGCAGUGGCCGCCCGUUACAAUAGACGUGAACUGAGAAGUGAUGUCAGAAUUCUAAGCAUGGGUGAUAAUGUUUGGAGAGACAUUGAAAGUUUCCCUCUUGAUCCUUUGCAUUUUGGAAUUGGUUCAGAACUUUCUGUUGAUAAUUGUGGUGUGUAUUUCAAGAGCAGUAUUAACUGGUUGGCUAUUCAAAAUAAACCAUGGUAUAGCCGUCAAGGUAUUAAGGAUAUUACCGUUGAACAGUUUGUUAUUGUUUCACUUGAUUUGGGAACAGAGACAUAUUGUCUAUAUCUACUGCCUGGUGGCUUUGACGAAGUGCCUCCUUCUGAACCAAAUGUUGGUGUCUUGGGGGACUGUCUUUCUUUUUCUUAUUGUUACAAGGAAACUCAUUUUAUUAUAUGGCAGAUGAAGAAAUUUGGGGUUCAAGAUUCUUGGAUUCAAUUUCUUAAAAUUAGUUAUCACGAUCUUCAGAUUCACUAUGACCGCAGUUAUAAUGGAAUGAUGUAUAUUUUUAAUAUUGUUCCGUUGUUUCUUUCUGAAGACGGUGAUACACUGAUACUUCAUUGCAAUCAGGAGAUAUCCCAAGAAAUUCUCUAUAAUUGGAGAUAUAACAGAGUGGAGCGAACAAACAUUACUGCAAGAAAAACAGGUACUGAUGAUAGAACUGUCGAUAAUGUCUUGUGCGCGGCUGGGAACUAUUUUGAAAGCUUAGUUUCAGUUUUUUGAAAAAUUAAGAUGAUCACCAAGAGCUAAUGUAGUGUGGGAAUGAAGAGCUUAGAGGAACGGCAGAUAAGGCAUUGUCGGAAGAGGAAGAAUUCCGAGGAACGUGGUUUGAAUUAGUUAGGAUUUUAGAAUGAAAAUUUUCAUGUACUUUGUUAUAAACCUCUUUUUAUCAACUAUGUUCCCAACGUGCUUUGCAUAAUCAAAAGCUGUUGUUAAAGGCUGAGGCAUAUAAUAAUUACUGAAUUGCAAUGUUUAUUACUACUUAUUUGUUUCAGUUUAAGCCUCGGUGAGAAAAGUGCAUAACGUAUAUUGACUUGUACCUGUUGUAGAAGGAAUCUACUUUUUUUAGUUAUUAUGUGUUAA